AUGAAGCCGUCCACAAGUAAUCAGGCGGUACGAUCUCCACUUAUCACAACUUCACCAAAGAAAGAUUUUGGAGGAGUCAAGGGACCUUCGGGAGCACAGACAGCUCCUGUGGGAUCAUCUAGAGCUGGAGGAGGAGGAGGAGCACAAGCAUUUCUAGGAAAAUGGCAGGACGAAACAAACCAAUCGCAAGGAAGUCAAGACUUUGCAAGACUUAUUCAUACUCGUUAUCUUUCUGAUAAAGAGAAAAUUCUGCUGGAUGCACUAACUGAAUAUAAACGGGUUGGAUACAAAAGAACACUUUUCAAAAUUAUACUAAUGAUAUUCGUUUGCAUCUUCCUACUCGUUUUCACAGUUGUCUCAAUAGGCUGUUGGUCUGAGCACUUGGAAUUAACAGAGCAUUUGGGAGUAUACGAUGAGAGAUAUGUCAGGACACGGAAGAGGAAUCAAAGCGAAGUGAAUCUUGACUGUCCGAUGAUCGGGUUCAUAGGAAAUAUUUGGUCUCCGCAGAGUUCACAUGUCGAUUUGUUUGGCAAGAUUAUCUCAAUUAUUUCGAUUAGGAAACUGAUUCAGCUAAUAAUCCGUCUGAUUCGAUGUAUCCGUCUGAAAACGACAACUGAGGCGGAAGCCAGGAAACAUGUGGACGAAACUCAAAAAGAUCUGAACGGAUUGGCCGAGUCGAUAAUUGAAACUUUGUGUGAAGUGUAA